ACAUUGUUUUCAUAUUUUUAAUGAUAUUAAUAUCAUCUUCAUUGAGCAAUUGUUAUGAUAAUACAAUGAUAAUCAAAAUGAAACAAACAACAUUAAAAUUGAAUGAUUAUCAAUCAAAACGAUUACUUCGAUCGAUCAAUAAUAAUGAUGAACUGUCUCGACAACCAAAAAAAACUAAUCAAAUGGCUGAAUAUCCGGGUGAUAUUAUGCUUGGUGCUGUAUUCCCUAUCCAUCAACAUGAUACAACAAAUUAUUCAUGUGGAGUUUUGCAGUCAGAAGGUAUUCAACAAUUAGAAGCGAUGAUUUUCGUUCUUGAUCGAAUCAAUAAUGAUCCUAAUAUAUUGCCUGGUAUACGCUUGGGAGCGUUGGCUGUGGAUUCAUGUGAUUCACCUCAUCAUGCCUUGGAACAGACAAUUGAUUUUAUCAAGAGUUUUGUCGCUCGUUCAAAUAGACGUCUUAUUCGACCAGAAUUUCAUUGUCAAGAUCAUUCGGCUGCUUUGUACAAAAAUGGUGAGCUAGAUCGUAUAGUUGGUAUUAUUGGUGGACAAUCAAGUGAAAUAUCAUUACAAUUGGCAAAUCUAUUGAGACUUUUUCAUAUACCACAAGUAUCAUACAUGUCGACUAGUUCAACAUUAUCGGAUGAACGACUUUAUCAAUAUUUUUUUCGCACAGUACCAUCAGAUACGAAUCAAGUAGAUGCCAUCAUCGAUAUACUAAGAAAAUUCAAUUGGACAUACGUUUCGGUUGUUUAUUCGGAUACGGAAUAUGGCAAUAAUGGCUAUGAUCUAUUGACAACAGCAGCUGCACGAUAUAAUAUAUGUUUAUCAUCACCACAGGCAAUCAAUGUUGAACGUUUUCGACAAAUUGAUUAUGAUAAUUUGAUAACAACAUUGAUGCAUAAAAUAAAUGCCAGAGUUGUUAUUGUUUACACCGAUCCACAUGUAGCCCGAAAGAUUAUGAAAGCAGCAAAGCGACGUUUGAACAAAAAUGGUGGCCGUUUAGAUCGUUUUAUUUGGAUUGCAUCCGAUGCUUGGUGUUGCCGUGAUUUUGUUGUACAUGGUCUUGAACCGGUGGUCGAAGGAACAAUAUCAGUUACACCAUUACAUUAUCCACUUGGCGGUUUUGCCGAUUAUUUUCGCUCAUUACGUCCGGAUUUUCCAGCUGAACGUAAUCGUUUAAAUCCCUGGUUUCGUGAAUUCUGGGAACGUCAUUUUAGAUGUAAACUAAUGAUUGAUGAAUCAUUAGAUAAUAUGAAUAUUGAUAGUGGUACGACAACCUCAUCAACGGAUUCAGAAUCGGAAUCAAAAGAAUCUCCCGAUAUGGCCUACUGUAAUCAAUCGUUGAAAUUAGAUGUAACUGAACAUCAACAUUAUCAACACCUUCAACAAUCACCAUCAUUGCAUUUUGUUCGUGAUGCAUUCUAUUCAUUUGCAAUGACAUUGAAUCAUAUUCAUCAAAAUGUUUGUAAUGGUACAGCUGGAUUAUGUGAUGAAAUGAAAGAGUUAAUUAUCAGUGGUGAAUAUAUGAUUGAACAACUGAAAAAAGUACAGUUUCGAGAUGAAGGAGGACGACUAUUUCGUUUCCAAAAUAAUGGUGAUGCACCACCUCGUUAUACAAUUGUUAAUUUUCAACGGCUUUCUAAUGGUUCAUAUCAAUGGCGUCCAGUCGGUAACUAUAUAAUUAACGAGAAUGACAAUAAAGUAAGACUGAAAUUAGAGAUGAAAUUAUUGCAAUUCAAGCAUGAUAUGCAUCGAUUUCCAAAAUCAUUCUGUUCCGAACCAUGUACAAAGGGUCAGGCAAAACUUCAACUUGAAGGUGAUACAUGCUGUUGGCUAUGUACAAAUUGUUCGCAAUAUCAAUACUUAUUUGAUGAAUUUCAUUGUGAAGAAUGUCCAUUGGGAACGAUACCGGAUGUUAAUAAAACUAAAUGUCAUUUGGUACCGACCAUUUAUCUGAGCUGGACCGAAUGGUGGACCAUAUCAGCAAUUAUAUUUGCUAUUACUGGCAUGCUAGCAACCAUAAGCACGUGGAUUGUCUUUUUCUGUUAUGCCGAAACGCCAAUCAUAAAAGCCAGUGGCCGUGAAUUAAGUAAUCUACAUUUGUCGGGUAUUUUUCUUUCGUUUGCUGCUACAUUUGUGAUAUUGGCAAAACCAACACCAUUAACAUGUGGAUUGACAAGAUUUUUUCUCGGAUUUUGCUAUACCAUAUGUUAUGCGGCCAUAGUUACCAAAACGAAUCGCAUUAGCCGAAUAUUCACACAUCGUAGUUGUCAAAAACCCAAAUUCACUUCACCGCAAUCGCAACUGGUUAUCACCUUUUUGCUAAUAUCAGUCCAGAUACUGAUCAAUAUAUUCUGGUUUUUUCAUACACCACCAGAUAUAAAAUUAGUAUAUUCUAAUCGUGAAAUUGCAUGGCUCAUCUGUAGUAGAUCUGAUCAUCUUAGCUAUCUGAUCAGUCUAAUUUAUCCAUUCAUAUUGAUUGGUUUUUGUACUGUUUAUGCAUUCAAAACAAGAAAAUGUCCCGAAGGUUUUAACGAAGCACGAUAUAUAACAUUCACCAAUUAUACAACCUGUGUCGUCUGGUUUGCAUUUUUGCCAUUAUAUGUGAUGCUUUCGACAACUACACCAUUACGGGCUAUCACUUUAUCAUCAUUGUUGAGUGUGUCAGGUGCCGUACAAUUAUGCUGCCUAUUUGUGCCUAAGAUGUAUAUCGCAUUGCUAAAACCGGAGAAAAAUACACGUGAAACGGUCAUGUGCGGCGGACAUCGAUCUUUGGUUUUUAAUAUGCCAGUAGCUCAUCAUCGUCAUCAUCAUCACCAUCAUCAUCAUAAUCAUAAUCAUAAUCAUCAUCAUCGAAGUAACAGUCAUGAAAUGCCCAAACAACGAUAUCAUUCUUCACGGCCAAGUACAGCUAGUACCGAUGGUCAAAUAAUUACAGCAAUGAUUAAUGAAACAAUUGAUCAUGAUAAAAACAAUAACAAUAUCGAUAUCAACACUAAUGUUGCGAAUGGUAAUUCAAUCAAAAAUUCAACAAAUACUUCAAAAAUGAUGAUGAUGGCAUCUAAUAAUGAAACAUCAACAAUCAUGACAAUCAACAAUAUUGAUUGUAAUGGCAGUGCAAAUUUUAAUGAUAAACAAGUCAUAAUGAUUGAACCAUAUUCAAUAUCAUCAGAUAUUGAUACAACAACAACAGCAUUGACUGCAAUAUCAAUGAAAUCUAUGAAUAUGACAAUUCCAAAAAAUAAUGAUAAUCAUUCGCUUAGAUUAAAUGAUUCCAGAUUGAAAAGAGGUAGUAUCGCAUCGAUGCCAGAUAAAUUAUCAAUUCCUGAAGAAAAAAAUGAUUGUGAAGCUGCAAAUAAUGAAAAUUCAAUUAUUUACGAAAAUCAAAUAUCGAUUCACAAUGAAAAACAUUUUACUCAACGUUCACAAUCAGCUUGUGCUGCAAUCAUUACGAAUGGAAAAGCUAAAAAUGAAUUCCAUAGUUCAUUAUCAUCAUCACUAUCAUCUACAACAUCAUCCACUUCAAAUUCAUCAUCAAAUCAAUCAAAUUCAUCAUCAAUGUCGUUGAUAGUUUCGCCAUCAUCAAUUCAAUCUCCAUUGAAUAAUGAUUUAAUUACGAUAAAAAAACAUAAUACAAAAGCUGUAUUGAAACAUGCACAUAAAUGUUGGCCAUCAAUUCAUUUGGAUGAUAAUUUAUCAUCACCAACAUCUACAAUAAAUGAUUCAACAAAUAAUUCACAUACUCAAACAACAAUAGUUGAUGAUACAAUGAUGAACAAUGAUUGAAUGACAUAAAAUAUCAACAUCAUAGUAAUUGAUCGACACACUUAAGCACGUUUUUCAUCAGUUUUUUCUAGAUCAUUCCAAUUUACCUGCAUAUGGAAAAGUAUUCUUAGAUUUGAUUGUUUUAUUACUGUUUCUGUUGUUCAUCAUCAAUCUACAACCAAUAUUAAUGAUGAUGACGAUGAUGAUGCUGAAAAACCAAUUGAAUUUUCUUUUUUGGUUUGUUUGUUUUCUAAGUUAUUUAUUUUUUUAUAUAACCAACAAUAUUCAUUGUUUGGAUAUCGUUUUCGGAUACAGUUACUUUUUUUCUAUGAAAAAAAAAUUUUAUUAAAAACAAUAAUAAUAAAAAAAAUUCCGUUUCGUUUC